UUAAUGAGACAGUACUUUGACUCCAUCGAACGGCUAAUACCGAAGCAUUUUUUCUAUUAAAAGGGGCAAAGCUUAGACCUCCUAGACGCUCAUGAACUGGGUAGCUAAAGAUGGAUUCAGUGGGAGCAAAGAAGUCCCAUGCAGUAUGUGUCCCAUACCCCACACAAGGGCAUGUGAUCCCCAUGAUGAACUUAGCCAAGCUCCUACACUCCAAGGGUUUCCACAUAACCUUUGUCAACACUGAGUUCAACCACACGCGUUUAAUCCGGUCCAAAGGACACGACCAUGUGAAGGGCCUGCCGGAUUUCCAGUUCGAAACAAUCCCGGACGGGAUGCCACCGUCCGACCUUGAUGCAACUCAAGAACCCCGUGCACUGUGUGAGUCCACAAGAAAGAACUGCGCGGUCCCCUUUAAAGAGCUGGUAAUUAGGCUCAACUCCGCUCGGCCUCCUGUUACUUGCAUAGUAUCGGAUGGGAUGAUGGGUUUUGGAAGUAAAGUUGCAGAAGAAUUGGGCAUCCCAGAGGUACGAUUCUGGACUGCCUCGGCUUGUGGCUUUAUGGGAUAUCUGAACUUCACUGAAUUAAUCAACAGAGGCAUCCUUCCUUUCAAAGAUGCAAGUUUCCAAGAUGAUGGCACGCUCGACACACCAAUCAACUGGAUCCCGGGCAUGAAAAACGUCAGGCUCAAGGAUCUUCCUAGCUUCAUCAGAGUCACCGACACUAAGGAUAUCUUUUUCGACUUUCUGGGAUCAGAAGCACAAAAUUGCUUGAAUUCUGCAGCGAUCGUUUUCAACACAUUUGAUGAGUUUGAAUAUGAAGUACUCGAAGCAAUUUCGGCCAAAUUCCCUGGCAACAUUUACACCCUAGGCCCGCUUCCCUUACUCAUCAACCAGCAUAUUCCUGACAGCAAACUCAAAUCUCUAAGUUUAAGCUUAUGGAAAGAAAACUCAAAAUGCCUCCAAUGGCUCGACCAAAGAGAACCCAACUCAGUCGUUUACAUAAAUUAUGGCAGCAUGACAGUCAUGACUGAACAACAUCUGAAGGAAUUUGCAUGGGGGCUUGCAAAUAGCAAGCACUCAUUUUUGUGGAUUGUUAGGCCUGAUUUAGUGAUGGGAGACUCGGUGAUUUUGCCUGAAGAAUUCUUUGAGGAGACGAAGGACAGGGGAUUGAUAGCAAACUGGUGCCCCCAAGGCCAAGUUCUAGCACACCCAGCAGUUAGCGUUUUCCUAUCACAUUGUGGGUGGAAUUCUAUGUUGGAAAGUGUCUGUUGUGGUGUACCUGUAAUUUGCUGGCCAUUUUUUGCGGAACAGCAAACGAAUUGCCGAUACGCUUGCGCCAGUUGGGGGAUUGGCAUGGAGCUCAAUAUGGAUGUAAAACGAGUUGAGGUUGAAGCACUAGUUAAGGAAAUGAUGGGAGGGGAGAAGGGAAAGGCGAUGAGGCGGAAGGCAGUAGAAUGGAAGAAGAAAGCAGAGGAAGCUGCUGAUAUCGGAGGUUCAUCUUAUAAGAACUUUGAAAGGUUGAUUAAGGAGGCUCUCCAUUAGCCAAUUCUGAAGGGUGAACGUAAAACAAUCUAAGUUUGGCUAU